AUGAUGAAGCUGUCGACGAUUCUGAUGCGUCGUCUGAUGAACCUCUAUUUCGACUGCAGCGAUGGUUCAUCACAAAAUCACAAACCAUCAAUUAUUCGAUGGAGCUCGGAACUCGAGUUGGAGAUCGUUGACGAACACUCGCCUCCGUUGACCCCACAUGGUCCGAAUAGCGCGGCAUUGUUGAUCAUGGUGUUUCACGGCGAGUUCUGUCCGGACAAUCCAAUGGACGCGAAGACAAACGAUACGAACACGUUCAGGUCAACGAUCGACUCGCUUGUUCAACGUCAUUACCCACAACUAAAAGGCCGUGUUCACGUGCUCAUGGUGUCAUGUGGAUCAGAACUCGAUCCAGUCGUCAAUCGCUUGUCAUCGAUCUCGUCCUCGUUCGGUGCCCUUCAUCCGUCCAUGGCAUUGAUCAUAUCCAGCGCACAAAGCCUCUAUCACGACGCGAUUGAAGGGACGAUUCGACGGGCGAAUGAGGCCUACAAUGAGUUUAUCGAAUCACAAAAGCAGUUCAAUGGCGAGGUUUUCGUGGUUGGCGACACACUGGGAGGUUUGCUGCUUUACGAGGCGCUGACCAAAUACGAUCUGAAAACACGUCUCACAAACUGCACGUCUAGGCCGAGCAUUGGAGAAACUGAUGGGGUGACCAACCACAUAUAUCCAACAUUGCAUCACGAGCCAACCAUUCACAAAUCACCGUCAGUCAGGUCGAGCAGCGCUCGAGGUAGUCCAGCGCUAGUUCCUCAUGCAGGGUCGAAAAAGAAGGCAUCCGUUGGGUCCGCGUCAAUAGAUAGCGUUAUGAUCCAAACCCGCAUCGUAUUCCAACCGUCCACGGCGUUUCUCUUGGGAUGUCCACUCGGUCUAGUGCUCACCCAAAGAAAGCUGCAAGGAUACGACAUUGAGCCACUGGAUUUAUGCCAAGUAUUUAACCUCUACUACCCGCUUGAUCCAUGCGGUGCUAGGAUGGAACCAGUUCUGAAUUCGCAUCUCAGUCUUCUUCAGCCUGCCAAUGUUCCGAGGUAUCAACGGUAUCCCGUGGGAGAUGGUCGCUCCUUAUUUUACGACUCAUCGGUCGAUCUCACGCACCUAUGGGGGAACAAGCGUAUGGAUCAUGUACUUUAUUGUCCUACAGCAAUGGUUGCCCUUCCAUCAUCAGCGUUGCCGAAUAUUUUACACGCAUCCUAUUGGGAAUCGUUGGACACAGCAGCGUUUAUACUUCGGCAGUUCGUCAGAAGUGAAGAGUCAGUCGCUACUACACUCUCUGCCAGCCUCAACCAUCUACCGCUAAAGAUUGAGCUACCACCCCUACAGUGGAAAAGAAGGAGAACUCGCUUCAAGGUAUCGAAUCUUUCGCCGAACCAUCGAGCAAACGACGUUCUCGUGGUAGCCGGCAAUGAAGUGACCGUCACGGCUAAGUUUUGUUACGGACCCAUGGAUCUUGUCGCACUGACAAGGGAGCAAGUGUCCGUCUUCCUUUGUCCACAGAGAGGUGACUGGUAUGAAGUUGGAGUGCACGAGGUGGAUUCUCAUGGCCGAUUAGUUGUCUCGCUAGGCAUGUCUCUCCCAUGUGGUAUCCAUUCCCUUAAGAUGGUAGUACAUGGUGACCGUUCAUACUUGGAUUCGUUUGUUGCCGUCGUACCGUCAACAACACGAUGUGUGGUAUUUUCCGUUGACGGAUCGCUGACCGCUUCUGUUUCCGUCACUGGAAAAGAUCCACGAGUCCGCCCGGGUGCUGUGGACGUGGUGCGCUACUGGUUUGAGCAGGGUCAAGUAAUACUCUAUCUGACGGCUCGUCCAGACAUGCAACAACGGGUUGUGUCGGCAUGGUUGGCUCAACACUGCUUCCCACACGGCCUUCUGCUCUUCAAUCCAUCAUUUUCGACGGAUCCAUUAAAACAAAAAUCUCUUCAUCUUGAAACACAUAAUCGACAUGGGGAUACGGAUACAUGCGGCAUACGGAAGCAGCAAGAAAGCUACUCAAACCAUCUGGAAGAGCUUAUCAACGGUGGGUCACAACUGUCUCAAGCUGUUGAAUUGUCGGAACAGAUCAACACCUUGGGACUUGCAACGUCGCAUCAUCGGUGA